GAGAGAGAGAGGGGGGGGAAGGUAGUAUUGAAAUUACAGAGCCCUGGAAAAAAAAUAAAUAGAGAAAAUAACAGGAAAUAGAGUCGGAAUUAGUUCAUUUUCUAAUCUGAACCAGACUGUCUCUCUUACCUGCCAAACCCAGGUGUGGACAGGGUAUAAAUUCAGAGCCAUGCUCACUUGCUGCUUAGAGACAGGCUUGACCAGGAGCGUGAGCAAAGGGGAGUUCAGAUCUUUAAAAAGAAAAAAAAAAUCCCUAUGCUGUAGCUCUGCAGAGAUACUUGACAGUUUGAAUAGUUUUUGAACUAUCCUUUAAAGAAAUUAGGCAUGUUUUAUUAUUAUUUUAAAGCCUGGUUUUGAAUUCAAUUGUUUAUUAUUAUUAUUAUUAUUUUUAUUAUUAUUAUAAUUAUUAUUAUUAUAUUAUUAAAAGAAGACUUUCUAACCAUUUUACCUUUUGCGUGAAGACAUAUAUAUAUUUUUAAAUUAUACCUUAUUUUUGCUGGUCUCUCUCUGGUUCUCCAUGGCACCUGUGAGGUGUCUCUGGUGCUGGCUGGCCCUGCUGUGGGCUGUCUGCCUGUUACUUACUCUCAUCUUGAGUUCCAGUGAAGCAGCCAUUUACCAUCAUCCAGGCAAAUGCAAGUACAAGGAUAAGCUCUUCAAAGUUGGAGAGACGUUCACAAGGGGCUGUGACAAGUGCUACUGCCACGAGUUGGGAUUCACCUGCUUCACCCCGAUGAAGCCCACCUCUUGGCCUAAGAAAUGCAUGCGAAUCCCAAUAGACUGCGGAUACCGGAUUGUUUACCGGGAAAACCCGGAGAAGGAAUGCCGGGCCUACAGCUGGAUCGGGUGAAGUGGGAUUUCAACCCAUCAGUCAACAUCCACGCAGUGUUCAGAUUCCAGAACACUACAGAACCAAGGCAUCUUUACUUGAGGAUUACAUGCACUACCAUCAUUGUCACUCUUGUCAACAGUGAAACAGAACCCCCCCCCCCCCCCCUAAAAAAGGACAAUAAUCCAGAUUCAUUUUGAGGGUAGGGGCACAUUUUCAUUAUUCUGGAAACACUAUACAGAAUUUUCUAUUGCAAUGCCACAUAGUAUAAAAAAUUUGUGCUGCAGGUCAUACUGCAGGAGUGAAAUCGGCCUACAGCAGAUGGAGCCGAGGUUAAAGGUCAGACAUUAUAAAAAGGCAGAACCAUAAAAAAAAAAAAAAAUUUGAAUAAACUGUUUCACUGUAAUACAAGAGAUACAAAGUGACUGAAACCACAAGGAAACCAGCAUAAUCCUGAAAGAAGCCCUGCUUCAGUUUCAAACAGUAUAAUUUGAGUUAUUUUAAUGUGUUAGUAAUGGGCAGCUAAAUACUAUACUUUUAAAAGGAUAUAUACAGAAAACUAGGGACUGUCCCUAUAAACUAGGGUGUGUAGGUCUUCCGUUGUAUGAGACUUGGUAAUCUUACUGUGCAAGCUAAAUGAAUAUUCUGUUUUUACAAAAUCCUCUGCAAAUUAUUAUAGUAAGGGCCUGACAACACUGCCUUUAAACCAAGGAAGUGAACUGUUUUAAGUUUACUCAUUAAACAGACAAUGGUUAGUAGUGACCUAUGAUAGAUGGUUUAUUUUAUUUAACAUUUGAAGUGUGUGUGUGUGUAUAUAUAUAUAAGUAUAUAUAUAUAUAUAUAUAUAUAUAUAUAUAUAUAUAUAUAUAUAUAGUAUAGAUAAUAUAACCCCAUAUGAAAAAUAUCUUGUAAUGUUUAGGUUUGAAACGACUGUCUAGAUAAAAAUCAUACUGUUUCAAUCUGUUUCAAAAUGGGCCGUUUCCCAAUAAUUUGCUUUAAUCUUCUUUAAUGCAUCAUUAUUUUAAUAAAAAAUUCUCUCAAAAUAAUGUAUUCCUGUUUGCAAAUCAGAAAGGAAUUAGUGGUACCAGAAACCUCAUGUCAUACGUGUAUUUAGUUCAUAAAAUGUGAGCCAAAUGACUUGUGAUAAUUCUGCUUGUUCAGAGGGUCACAAGCAGCUUUUCCGUGAACAAAAGCAUUUGUAGUAAACCAAUAUGAACAUCCUGUGACAAACCCUGGGCACUGAUGGAAGUUAAAGGGCCUGGAUACACAAUGGAAUUGAUUUCUCAAUGUUUCGAAAAAAAUAUUUUUUGGGAAACUGUACCCACAUUGUUUUAUGUUUAAUUAAGCCCAGUAUAGUCCCCUGCUGGAAUUUAUUUACAGAUCAAAAUAUGUAUGCUGUAUAAUAUUUUUACUUCUUUGUUUAAAUGGAGUUUAUUUUAUUCAAUAAAAUAUGUCGAUUUACAA